AACACCGAACGAUUUAUCCAGGCACUGGACUGUUUUGUUGCAGGGAUGAGCUUGGACAAAGCAUCCAAUAGAAGGACGUCAUGGGUUGAAACACAUCCAACUGCAUAUGCUGCCAUUGAGCGGGUCGUCGAUGAAAACGAUUAUGAACUACGCAGAGAUUUGGAAAACGCUUUCUUUAAAUACGCGAUCGAGGGUGUGGCGGUGCUACUCCCAAGUCGCACGAAAGAGCUCAUCCAUACUGGUGUUGCUGCACUUGAUAUUUCCAACUCAAAGCCAGGCAUUCUUGAAUUCACUGCCAAAAUUGACGAGCCACUAAUGAUCCAAGCUGGUAUUCGCUUUUUUGGACUGCAGCGAGUACUAGAACGAUACCUGCACGAAUCACCAAAAGACGGAUAUGGCGAAUGCUUUGAAAGGGUCAUGCUUCCAGGCAUUCAGCAAAAGCUGCAGGAUUUACUUGUGAAGCAAUUUCCAGACGACGACUUUGCGGGUUAUUUUGUAUCGUCCAGAUCCUCUUACGGUGUGCUAGCGUCUGUUUCUGGGGCUGAUGACGUUGCUGCUACGGUAAAGUGGAUGCAAGAUGCAGCGGGAGCGAAGUUUGAGGGCCUUGUCCCGCCGUUCUGUUACCCUGACAAGCAUUUUGGACCAGAUCUGGUCUUCUUAUUGUGGGACAAGCAGUACAAGAAGUACCGGAUUGUCAUUUCGCAGACCAAGUUUAGAAAAGAGUCGGACCAAGCCCACGCAAUGCGAACAUUGGUUCCAGAAUGGCUCUUCCACAAGAAGCGUGGAGAUCCAGUCAAAAGAGGUGUCGGAUCCAUUGCAAAAAAGGUGCACCCGGAAUGGGUGUCAACAAGACUUAGUGUUGCCAAGAAGCUCACUACGGAAAGCUGUGUGCGACUCCUUGUCCAAUAUCCUGCAAACACGAACCACGAUGCCAGUCCUGCACAAGCGUGUCAUAAGGAUGGCUGGAAACCUUGCGUGGAAUCGAAAUCGGAACAUGUCGUGUGACAAGACUCAUGACUGGAUAUACUAUCGGUGGACAAAAUGGUGGCGAACUUUUCGGCCCACGCACUCUAGCAGUUUUGAACC